GUAGAGAACACGACAAGAACUUUGGAACACCCCGUGAAAAGCUGAAAAGGUGUGUUUUAUUCGUGAAGGGUUUUUCCAACGCACAAAAUAAGCGCACCACACGGAGAGAGGAAAAUCGAAUCGAAUAGUAUAGUAGGGAAAAAGUGAAUAUUUUUUCAGAUUAAGAAAACCAAGUUUUGUGAAUAGAUACAAACUAAAUGUAGUGAAAAAGUGAAAACACAAAUGUCGAGAUUGAGGAAAAGUUCAGAAAAGAAAAGGAAAAAUAAGGGAAAUCCUCGCGACCGAUGAAUUCUUCUUCUUCAUUUCCCGUUUGGUGGUAGUGUGAAAAUUCUCCGUUUUCUUGUCGUCGUGAUUUUUCUUUCUGAGCUGAAUUCAGUUCGCGAGGAAAAAUCGAAAUCGAAUUCGUUUCGCAUGUGCGUGUGCCCGUUUCGUAGAUAUUAAGUGUGUGAAAAAUGUUCUUGUUUUUUCUUGGUUUUUUACGGUUGUAAGUUUGCAGAGUUUUCGCAAGUUUCCCGGAGUUUUCGCGAACGCAAAUUCCCAGCGCAAGUUUUUUUCGGGGGUAGUAACUAAAUAGGUUUUCUGAUGAGACGAAAUAUGUAUCCGGAAAUUCGCGAGUGAUUUUCAAGGAACUGAAAACGCCCCACAAGAUGGAUUAGGACAGACAGUGGCUAUGGAUAACCAUUUCAUCGGACCGUAAGGGUAGCAAAAAUCCAAUAAGUUUUGGUACCUUUCACGGGCAACGGUCAUACUUGCGAGGGGUGGGCACUAUCUUCGGAGCACCUUCCCAUCCAGAUCCAUCUCAACAUUCGCAGAAUUUUCGGGUUCUACAGUUUGGAGCGUACUCGGUCAAAAUAGGGAAACGACGUAAAGGUGGAUGCGGGUCGAGUAAAAAUCCAGAAUAGGGGCCAAAAUGGAUGACGAUGCCGUAUCGAGUCGUCCGCACUUGAUUCGAGUGGCGUGAAGUCUCGACGACCGGCAGCGGAUCCGUGGAAUUUCAAUUCCGUACACUUUCCACACAAAAUGGCGGAUGGUGGACACUCAUUUGGAAAGAAAACGUUUCACAAGCCUACCUAUUGUCAUCAUUGCUCGGAUCUACUGUGGGGCCUGAUUGGACAAGGAUACAUUUGUGAAGUAUGCAACUUUAUUGUCCACGAACGAUGCGUGACGAGUGUUGUAACACCCUGUUCUGGAAUCGCUCCAUGUAUAAUCAAGAACCCGGUGGCCCACUGUUGGUCAGAGCCAACCCAUCACAAAAGAAAAUUUUGUACGGUCUGUCGAAAGCGUUUGGAUGAAUCAUCAGCUGUCCAUUGUCUAAUUUGCGAAUAUUUCGCCCAUAUUGAGUGCCAAGAUUUUGCGGUUCCUGACUGUAAAGAAAAUGCAACCUAUGUUCCCGGAAAAGAGUUGUUAAAUGUUAAACAUCAGCAUCACUGGCGUGAAGGCAACUUACCAUCAACUUCAAAAUGUGCUUAUUGUAAAAAGACAUGUUGGUCAUCAGAAUGUCUAACAGGUUAUCGUUGCGAGUGGUGCGGGAUCACAACUCAUGGCGGCUGUCGAAAUUUUAUCAUCAGCGAUUGUACAUUCGGUGUCCUGCAACCUAUUUACCUGCCACCACAUGCGGUUUCCAUACCACGAACAGAAGUGCCUAUGGAAGCCAUAAUAGGCGUUCAAGUGAAAUCGAAAAGUACACCACUGCAGAGGGAUUAUUCAUGUCCACGAAGUAUUUCUGAAGAGUUUAGUAGCGGAGAUACUGCAGCAAGAUUUCGUGAUGAGGAUAAAACUGAUACAGCAGCUACGGCAGGUGGUAGUGGAGGAAGCGGAGGUGGCUCUUCAUCCCAUUAUCGAUCUGAAUCAGCCCAUAAGACUGAUAAAGACAAGGAUAAGAAAGAUAAAGAUAAAGAGGAUCGUGAUGAAGAAUCCAUUAAAGUUUUCGAUGGCAACUCUUCGCUAAAACGUCGGAUUUAUCGUGUAAUCACAGUGUCUCGCACAUGUACCUUAGAACAAUUAUUAACGACAGCCUUAAGAGCAUUUCAUAUAACUCGUGAUCCAAAUGCAUUUUAUUUAACGGACCUUUACGCUCAAACAGGCGAAGAUACAAUACUUCAAGAUCCGAAUCCUGUUAUGAACCUAACACAUAUUGAAGGCAAACGGCCAGCAAUUUAUCUUAGGUUUCAUGACAAAGAAAAUGAGAAAGGAUUCGUUCGGGUUUAUCCGGGUAAACUUCAGUGUUCGCUUGAAGAUCCUUUCGUUAGUGUUCCUGUAGAUAAUGAAACUACUGUUAAAGAUUUGAUUCGUGAUGCAUUAGAUCGAUUCGGACUUCAGGAUAAUCAAAUUCAAGAUUAUAGGUGUUCAGAAGUGUUGUUAGAUCGUGGUGUAACAGAGCGCAUCCUUUCGUGGAACGAACGUCCAUGGGAAAUUAUGAAACAAUUGGGGAAAGAAUCAAUUCGCCAAAUGGAACUCAUGCGAUUUUAUCUGCAACAUAAGCAAGAUCCACAUGGACCAAACAUAGCACUAUUUGUUGGAAAUCUACCACCUGGCUUAUCGCAACGGAAUUAUGAACAAAUUUUAAGCAAAUACGCCACCGAGGAGAAUAAGUUUACAAGUAUCGGUCCCAUAUAUUAUGAAUACGGCUCAGUAGUUAUAACAUUCGAAGAUGCAUCGAAAGCGGUGCGAGCAUUUUACAAUCUACGGGAAACAAUUGUGGAAGACAAAAAAUUACUUGUGUUAUUACUUCCAAACAUAGAACCUAGUAUGAUACCACCGGAUGUACGACCAUUAUUAGUUUUUGUAAAUGUUAAAUCAGGAGGUUGCCAAGGAUUAGAGUUAAUUUCUAGUUUUCGAAAGCUACUAAACCCCUAUCAAGUUUUUGAUCUUGACAAUGGUGGACCAUUACCAGGACUGUACGUGUUUCGACAAAUCAAACAUUAUAAAAUUUUAGUGUGUGGUGGGGAUGGUACUAUUGGUUGGGUAUUACAGUGUCUCGAUAAUGUCGGGCAAGACUCUGAAUGCUCUAGUCCUCCAUGCGCAAUAGUACCAUUAGGAACUGGUAACGAUUUGGCACGGGUGCUACGAUGGGGACCUGGCUACACUGGUGGCGAAGAUCCUCUCAAUUUACUCCGAGAUGUUAUAGAGGCUGAGGAAAUUCGAUUAGAUCGAUGGACUGUUGUGUUCCAUCCUGAAGAUAAGCCCGAGGAGUCAGCGCUUAAGGCGCCAUCCAAUUCUACUGGUAAGAAGAAGAAGGUUCAUCAAGCACAACUAUCACAACAGAAUCAGCAUCAUCAAAUUCCGGCCAUUACAUCGAGUGAUAUAUCAGGAGGUGGCACUCAAAGCGAAGAUAAUUCGCAAAUAUUCGUCAUGAACAAUUACUUUGGUAUCGGUAUUGAUGCAGACUUGUGCCUGGAUUUCCAUAAUGCCCGCGAGGAGAAUCCAAAUAAAUUUAAUUCUAGACUACAUAAUAAAAGUGUUUAUGUGAAAAUGGGCCUUCGGAAAAUCGUUGGACGUAAAACUAUCAAAGAACUCCAUAAAGAGCUACGAUUGGAAGUUGAUGGAAAAGUAGUCGAUUUGCCACCCGUUGAAGGAAUUAUUAUAUUGAAUAUUUUGAGUUGGGGUUCUGGUGCAAAUCCUUGGGGUCCAGAGAAAGAUGAUCAAUUCACAAAACCAAAUCAUUAUGAUGGUAUGCUGGAAAUAGUUGGCGUGACAGGUGUAGUACAUUUGGGUCAAAUUCAAUCCGGUUUACGUUCUGCAAUGCGUAUUGCUCAAGGUGGCCAUAUAAAAAUUCAUUUACAUUCUGAUAUACCAGUUCAAGUUGACGGUGAACCAUGGGUACAGAGCCCAGGAGAUGUUGUCGUAUUGAAAUCCGCACUGAAGGCCACAAUGUUAAAAAAGAAUAAGGCGAAAAUGAAGCGUCGCAACACAGAACCUACAAUGGCGGUUGCGGGCUCAACAGCUCCAUCUAUGUCGCUAGCAAUCGCGCCGCAGGAACAAGACGAAAACUCUGAAAAUAGUACUAACAACACAGACUUCUGAAUAUGGUAUAACGAGCGACUAAUUUAGCGUGCUAAUAUAUAUAAAUUAUAUUUGACGUUCGUAGUGAUACGAAUGAUGAUGACACGGUUAUGAUUAUGAAUAGUUACCAGUAACCAAAUGUAGCCAUGAAUUCCUAAUUGAAGCUUUUAUUUUUUAAGUGGUAUAUUUUUCAUAAAAAAAAUAAAAUAAUUAGUGCUUACCUAUAACGUAAUCCUAGUGAAAUUCCUAUGAAUCUAAGUCGAAAUUUUAGAUAACGUUAUGUGUAAUUAUUUUUUUAUAAAAGAGAAAUUAUUUAAAAAUUUUAUGACCCAGUUGUUGCAGAAUAUCUUGUUGAUUUAUACAUUGAAUUUGUUGUCAUAUCUAUUAGUACGAUAAAGUAGUUGCUCUUACACACUUUUUGUUUUUCGUAAAUAUUAAGCUAACGCGAAGAUUGGAAGAAAAUAUGUGCGAAUAGACGACUUUUGAAAAUAAACUAAAGCUUGACACGAAAUCUUUCCAUAAGAUUAAAACAAGUGAUCCAACCUACUAACAAAAUCUAAACAAUGCUUUUGAAUAUAAAUCCGUAACUUAAUGAAAACUUAUUCCUAAAUGAAUGGAAAUAACAUUGAAAUAUAAAAAAUAGUAUGUGUCAAAGUGUGAAAAAUUAAAUUCUAAACUUCACUUCUGACGAUUGCUUGUUGUUAUAGUGCUACUAAAAACCUUACAAUUAAAACAAAGGAAUGAGUAGUAAAUACAUUUGGAUCGUCAACUUUUUUAUGCAACAUUGCUGAACACAAAACAUUACAACAUUAAAUAGCUAAGUGUGAGAGAAAUAACCAGUCCAUCAUCGCACAUAUUCAUAACGUUUCAUAUUUACGUUAAUGGAUAUCAUAUCUUUCGGUGCAAUUUUACAAUUGUUUGCUCGUCAAAAUAUUUCGAAAUUUUCAAAAAGUGUCAAAACCAUGUAAAAAUUCGAAAUCAAUCUUUAGAUUUAUUCGAUUGUGAAGUAGAUAAUGGUAAAUGCAUCGAUUUUUUGAACAACAAAGAAAAAGCCUUCUUUAUUUCACACAAGCUAUAAUCAAUUAAUUUCUAGAAAGACUGUAAUAGUUGUUUACAUGUAACUUUUCGAUGGUAUGCCUGAUGAGUAAAUGUCUUGAAAAAUAAUAAUAACUAGAACUUCAUUCUUGAAUUGAUAAAACUAUCAUACAACAUCGUACAUUUUAUGUUUUAGUUCUGGUGCCGGUAAAUUUCUUAAACUGAAAUUCGUUUUGAAUGAAUUUGAUAUUUUUAACUGCUCGUAAAAUCAUAAAUCGGCAAAGCUAUACAAAUAGUUUACUGCAUGAAUAAAAGUUUGAAUGAGUUCUACUACGAUGUUGUAUUGAGCUCUCGAGCUUACUACUAACAAUGAAUUGGAUUUGGAAAUUCAAUUCCCUUAAAAAUGAAUCAAUUCAUAUGAAAAAUAAAAACUGACAAGAGCUAAAAUAAUCAAUUUCAACUACCAGAAUUUUAAUAAAAGAGAAAAACGAAUAAAUAAGAAAAUUUUCAAAUUAGUAAAAUAAGAAUUAUAUACGCUUAAUAAAUAUCGUCAGAUAUAACUAAAUAUUAAACAACACUUACUAAAUUACAAAAUGGAAAAAUAUUUACUUGCAUACAUGCUAAAUGUUACCGUCAUUCUUAUUAUAUUUUCUUAAAAUGUUUUCUAUACAAGUCUGUAUACAUGCAUACAUGCUAUUCUCUAUAUUCAUUUGCAGGAAUUUUGUCACUCUAACAUAUUAAUCAUUUCAUUUCAUCAAUAAAAAUGAAGAUAUUUAUUUUUUAAAUUGAAGAUAAAAGAAAUAUAUUAUUGUAAACUGUAAUACUGAUAUUACGUUUUGUAUGGUAUUUUACCAAUAAGUAAAUGCAAAGAAACAAACAAAAAAUAAACAAAAAACGAACAAAAACAAUGCUAAUGGUAUAAAAUUAAAGAGAAACAAAAUUUAAGCAAAACCAAAAAAUCUACAUAGAAAAAUCAGAAUGUAUGUACCACAACAAUUCGUAUAUUUCACAUAUGAGACAUGAAAUUUAUGUACAUAUAAAGAAAGAAUUUUAAAAAUUGUUUACCUUUCCAAAGAUAUAUACAUUGACAUUUAAACAAGAAAAAAGAACCUAUACUAAAACAUAGAAAUAGUACUGGAAUGAAGGAUGAAAUCUUAGAAUGUAAUAUAUGUAAAAAAUUAUAGUUACAAUAAUUUUUAGAACAUUUUUUCCUGUAAUGUAAAAGGAACUAAACUGACAAGCAGACACACAAAAUGCAAAAUAGAAGAUAAAGUUUAGAAAGGAACGACUACUUAAUGUCUAUUUCUAUAUGUGCAACACUUACUAAAUAAAGGAAGCAGCAAAAAGAUUAGGACAUUCAUCUUCACACUCGCACCAUAAAAAGUAACAACAAAAGUACCAUUCAAUUUAUAGCGCAAGAGAAAUAGCAAAAUUAAUUGCAGUAUCCUCACCAAAGAGGCGAAACGAUUUGCGACUUUAUUUUUCGUCUUUAUGCAAAUAGAGAGUAAACGCAAAAAGUGCAAAAUCCGUUUCCUUCUCUCAGUCCUAAUAAAUAUUUGUAUCUCCAUUCAACUGAUUUUAAUUAUUUUUUUAAAAAUAUCUUUAUCAUACUUUUUACGGUUUCUCGAUUUUAUAUGAAUAUAAAAAAAACACGUCGUAUAGCUAGAAGAGCGAUAAGGAAAGUGUGAAUUUGAACAUUUUUAAAUUUAAUAUCUUGAUAUAUACAUAGUAGAAAAAUAAAAGGAGAUAUAAAAAAAUUCAAAAUGACCAAAAAAUAUUAGAAAAAAUUCUAAAAACGAACUGGAAAUGAACGAAUGCCUUAUUUUACAGUAAAAAUGAGGCAACGACCCUUUCUCGGACACGACCAUUAAAUACCAAAUUAAUUUCCGGUUUCAAUGUUAAAUGUCUUGCAACACAACUCGUUGCAAUGAAUUGUAAUCACGAUUAUCAGCGUUCGUGAACUUUCCGGAACACAUAAAAUCUUGGACAGAACCCACUUUUGAUGAUUUACAUGAGAAUAUUUGGGCUAAAUUGUGACUUGGGAUUGAGUGAUACCAACUGAGACGAAAAAAGGAUGUAUGAAACGAAAGCUUGCCGCAUUAUUGGCGGAAUGCUAAAAUAAUGGUAGAGAAACGAAGAAACAAAUUGAAAAGUAUGUAACUGGUUAGCAUAUAAAUGGUGGACGCACAAUUCCUUAAUAUUCUCUGACAUCAUCAGUCUUAUUUAAUUAGAGAUAGAUUCUAGAUAUGAGAAGGCCAAAAUAUAGCUUUCUCAGAAGUGUAAUGAUAAGAAGCCGUUGCUUUUCAUCAAUGCAUUUCUUUGGAAAUUUCCUGAGACAAAAUAUGAUUUUGGAACUUCUCGUCGUUAGAAAGCAAAAAGUGAUGGGGUAGGAAAGUUUAAUUCCUACUACGAUAUUACCACCCAGAAAUAAGGAACAGGGGCUCAGUGAGAUAAAUUGAAAGCUUAUGAAAACUUGGCUAUACGCCUAACACUAUGUUGAUCGUGUACAGCUUAUUUUUCACAGAGAUUUAUUUCACAACACCCUUAUUUUUGGGUCGUACGUUCUAUCACUUUUCCAGAGACAUUUUAUUUUCUAAAAACAAAAUUAGAAAAAUUUAACGUAUAUAUUAUUCAGAGAUGAAUAAUAAAAGCAAAAACCAACAUUCAUUAUUAAAAAAUUACCAAUAUUAUACCCAUAUAAUUAUAUAGAAAUUGAUGUAGUGUUUAAAUAAGGAAAAUAAAGAUUAUUAAGUAUAAAACCAACAAAAACUAUCUUUUCCCUAAAAAGUGAAUAAGCAAAGAAAUAAGAAAAACUAUAUUGACUAAGAAAAAUGGAACGAACGAAGAGAUUUAGUGGUGUAAACGUUAAGAAAUUAAAGAUUCUAUCAAGUAAUAACUGUAGCAAAUCUUGAAAUUAUAUUUAAUUCUUAACAAUACAACAAAUCAUUCCAAUGAAAGGAAAAAAGUUUUUUUUCCGAAAAAAAAAGAAAAGGAAAAUGAAAAGGUGAGCGUGUAGUCACUUUUGAUCGCGGAAAACCAAAUAGAAUAUCUUCCAAAAAAACUAACAAAAACAUCAAAAAACACGCGAUCUAGUUCAACAAAUGCAAAAGCAAACUACCGCAAUCGCAAUUGAGCAAGAAAAACAAAACCACAGUAAAGAAGAGAUUCUAUACAUAAAGCACACCGAAGAAAUCUGAACAAACAAAAAACUAACUUUUCUUCUAAUUGAUGGUUCUUAUGUAGAAUAUAUAUACUCGUAUUUUACUUGAAACAAAGUAAAACAACAAGAAGGAAACUGAGAAAGAAUGUAAGUGCCACAAUUCAAGGUACUUUUUGAUGUGCUUCUAUUCCAUCAACCAUUCAUACGUGUUGUAUGGGAUAGAGACAAUAACUCAAAAACUUACCGAAAUCAUCAAUCAGAAGGUAUAUAUGAAAAUAAUCAAAAAAGGACAAAAAAUAACAGAUUCACUACAAAAAUAUAUAUAAAAAAAUUUUAACAAAAAACCAAUGCAUAAAAAAAACAGAACAAAAAUAGUUGCCACAUAACACAAGACAUGAAUAAAUUAAAAAAAUUAACUAAACAAACCAA